AUGCCAACCUUCCAGUGGGUCUUUACGGGUGGUCCAGCAGCCCGUCCGCAAAACAAUAUGGCUGCUUCGUCGAAAUACUGUUCCAUGUUUUCCUUUCCGAAGGCCGUCUGUCGCGCAAAAUUGCUGGAUACUCCGCCAGGCGGUUAUGCAAUACUGCAUGAGAUAAAGAAAAUGUUCUCCAGCGGAAAGAAAGUUAUGGUUAAGCUUGAAAGACUCCGGGGCCCGCUCAGAUUCCCGUUAGAUGAAAAUGGUUUUGGCCUUGUUCACACACACAAUCAAAUUCCCAUAAUAAUGCAUACGAGAUUGUGGAUUGGAAUUGAAACUUCGAAUUCGUUAGGCCAACUAAACAAGAUCCUGAUCCGCGUUAUCAAAGCUAUCGAGCAUGACUGA